AGUCAGCAGCAGUCUGCUUCUCCUCCUCAACUUCCGUGGAUCGAUUUCACCUCCGAUCACCAUACACUCAACUUUAACCUUCAUCAGUGUGAAUAUGCAUGAGUCUACAUCACAAUAGGAAGCGAUCUGUGCGAGGUAGAAGACCAAGCCGAAACACAGAGGAGAGAAGAGUCUGUCUCGAUGAGAAGCUUUGAUGAGCAAGAGGAUUAAAAAGGAUCUGCACACUCAACACGUGUCCCUCUACUAAACAUUUCUGCAAAGCCUCAUGUCGCUCCGAGUUUCAGGCAUGAGUGUUCUUCCUCCUGUCCGAAAGGACCGUAUCAUUGCUCAGCUCCCUAAGUAUUUCACGAAGGAGGCAGCCUUCCAUACGAAGGGGGAUUUCAACAAUAAAGUGAAGACGGCCUGUCAGGAGCAGCGUACCGGCACUGUGGGCAGAUUUAAAAUUUCUAAGGUCAUUGUUGUGGGUGACCUGGCUGUGGGGAAAACCUGUCUGAUUAAUAGAUUUUGCAAAGAUGCUUUUGAUAAAAACUACAAGGCAACGAUCGGUGUUGACUUUGAGAUGGAGCGCUUUGAAGUGCUGGGCGUUCCUUUCAGUCUUCAGCUAUGGGACACUGCAGGCCAAGAAAGGUUCAAGUGCAUUGCUUCUACGUACUACAGAGGAGCCCAGGUUGUGAUUAUUGCGUUUGAUGUAAAUGACAUUGCCUCUUUGGGCCAUGUGAGACAGUGGCUGGAAGACGCCCUGAAAGAGAACGACCCCACCGCUGUCCAGCUGUUCCUUGUUGGCACAAAGAAAGACCUGAGCUCUCCUGCACAGUAUUCUCAGAUCGAACAAGAUGCCCUCAAAAUUGCACAAGAGAUCAGUGCAGAGUAUUGGGCUGUUUCAUCGCUGACAGGGGAAAACGUCAAAGAGUUUUUCUUUCGAGUUGCAUCGUUGGCAUUCGAGACCAACGUUCUUGCUGAGUUGGAGAAAAGUGGGUCGAGGCAGAUUGGGGGUGUCGUCAGAAUAAACAGCACUUCAAACAAUGCGUACGCUUCAUCAAAGAAGAAGCAGCAGAACUGCUGUCAAUAAGGAUGGCAGCAGAAGUUUAAAGUCUAAGGUACAGACUGAAAAUGAGGGAAAAGACUGGAGGGAUUUCUGUGGUCAAGGCAGGAGGAGGGACCCUGGAGUUUUACUUCCUGACAUGUUUGAGUUCAGUUUUUCCUGGCCUAGAAAGAGUUUUCCUCUGUGGGAUGUGGAUUCUUGUGGUGUUGCUCAGAGUUACAGAGUAACACAGCAAUUACACACAAAAUGACUGUUCUGUUACUGCAGAGAUGCCAAAGAGAGACUGUGGAUGUUUUUAAGAUGGCGUAUGUGUGGAUCUCGCUGCUGUAUUUUGUUUAACAAUUACUUCACAACACCUUUUAAAGUCAGUUGUUUUAAAUGUCAGUUUUUACUUGGUACUAAACCUCUUUUCAUGGUAAUGUUGAUCAGACCGUCACCAUCUUUCUGUUAAAAGUAAAAGAUUAUGCAUUAUGUGGUAUUUGUUAUAAAAAGUAUGUUGGUACGUAGAUGUUCAUGCAUGACUGGUGACAAUAAGAAGCCUUACAUGUAGGGACUUAGGACCCAGGGGGAUAUAAGCGAAACAUGGCAACCUGAGGGGGAGUCUGUGUUGUUAGAGCAACUGAGGAGUAAUGCUAAUAAAGAGUUUCAGUUAAGAGCAGUUUGUUCUCAUGUAUAUAUAUCAUAUAUGUGUCUUUGAAAACACGUCACAGUCAAUCUUAAGAAAAAAAACAUUGAUUUGAAGAAACACUGAAAAAGUAAUUCGAAUUUUGUGUAGCCGGAAGGUUUUUUUAUGCUUAACUAUCCUGUUUGUCAUCUCACGACCCCUAUGGAUUUAUCUUCUGACUGGUUUCAAUCUCCCGGUUGGGAACCAUUGUGUUAGAUGCAGACUUUUGUUUUAAUCAACAGUGUGUGCUUCAAAGGUACUGAAUUUGGAUGAUCAUUUUUUUAUGUCAAUAACUGAAAUAGUGUGUUUUAAUAUUUUAAGCAUUUAUUUUCUUUAAAAUUUCUCAUGGUAUGUUUUACAUUUAAUAAA